AUGAAUCGACUGGUAUUUGUUGUCGUUGUGGUCCUCGCAGGCUUUCAUCUUGUGAGUCCUGUUCCCAAUAACGGAGGCGGAUAUGGACAAGGUGGAGGCUUUGGAGGCGGUUUCGGAGGCGGUCAAGGUGGAGGUGGAUUUUUUGGUGGCCUCUUUGGUUCCAUAGCUAACAUCGUUGACGAAAGUAUUAAACUUGGACAACGUAGAAAACAGCAGCAACAAUACGAAAAUGGACAGUAUGGCGGAGGACCUUCUUACGGCGGUGGCGGGCCUUAUAAUGGAGGACCUUCCUACGGUGGUGGCGGACCUUAUAAUGAAGGACCCUAUAAUGGAGGAUCAAAUGGAGGCGGGCCAUAUAAUGAAGGACCCUAUGGCGGAGGACAAAAUAAUGGCGGCCAAAAUGGUGGCAGUCAAAGUGGUGGAUACCCCAUCAUGGACAUGAGUGCUCGUCGAGGCUACGGUUCCAGGCAAUACAACCGAUAUUAUCAACCAAAUCAACAAUAUUAUCCCCAAUAUAAUGGACGACAGUAUAGGGGCAAAUAA